UUUUCCUCGGUCAUGUACAUAAGCAUCACUCAGUAUCACUCUCGUACCACUAUAUACAACCCGUAUUCGAUUGACUUCGUGGUUGAAGUAAAAUAUACAGGUAAUGUUUCCCCACCAGCUACUAAAUAUUACGUUCAAUUUGUCGAUGUGAUAAAAUUGAAGUUUGAAGCACUUAGAACAUAGCACUAUUUUAUACGUACGCGACCGAUACACCCUAUUGCACUUUGGAUUCUCGUAUUACUCCCAGCCAACGAUGUCAACUAAUGCAAGGGAUCCGACCUCUUCGAGGCCUUAUGGACCGUUUGCUUCUUCUACACCGUCAAGCCAUUUUUCCCACAGCCAACCAGGAGCACGUAAGCAGGACUUUCAAAUUCAACAGAAUCGCCAUCGACAUGUCUUCGAGCAACCGCGGAGCCCAAAUGACCGAGUUUUCCUAUCAAACCGAAGGAAAACCUUCCCUGUGUCAUAUUCCCAGAAGAGUCCAUCGAGUGCAAUUGGAGAUGACUUCGCCCGAAGGCGCCAUCCACGAUCCACUCAUCUUCCGACGCCUCACAUUCCUUUCCCAGCCAAAACUCUCCCUUCAGGCAAUUAUUGGCAAAGAGAUCGUGCUUCCUCACAACCGAACCUUUCUAGUUUCGCCAAGAGGGCCAAGAGGGGCACUGUUAGUAUAGGAAUUGACAAUGUCCGCAGGCGAAUGCUCUUGGCCAAGUCCGGAGCCCACUAUAAAAAAGCAAUUCGUAAACGCACACCACAACAGCCCGGGGGAAUUUGGAUGGAUAAGGACGGUCGUCUCAGGAACCCUGAUUCUGAUUCAGACGGCAUGGAUUUAGAUCCACCCUCGUCGCCUGUUAAUAAUUCAGAUGAGGAUAUCAUACAACCUAAAUCAUCGGCUCGAAAGACCUCUGCAGCGGCCCUUCCAAGAGCGCAUAUCACAAUCAGUAGCGACGAGGGCAAUACUGUGGAAGAACUCAAUGACGAUCAGGAAGAGUCCGUUCCCGGUUCUGAAUCCGAAUCCGAAUCCGAAUCCGAGGAAGAUAAUAGAGACUCCGACGUAGAUGUAAUUGGAGACAGCAUUGGUAUAGAGUCUAUGCCUGUGCCAUCGAGUGCACUUAUUCAAGCAAUUAAGCCGUUCUUACCCCAGCUUCCUCCCCGAAAUCUUCCUUUCUUACGGCGCAAUCUUCGUACUGCGUUUAAAAGAUCAUUUCAGACCAGUCACGCCGGGUCACCUCUAGAUAAAGUUGUUCUGCGAGUCCUACUUCGUGCUACAUCUGAUCAAAGUAGAUGGAGCUUUUCCCUUGAUUCCUGGAGCUGUCCUCUGUGUCAUAUCCUCGGCCGACUUGAUUCAAGGCAAAUGCUUGAUAGUCACAUCCAGUGGUAUCAUCCCGGAAUUGAAAUUUUGUGGCUGAAGGAAAAAGAACAUGAGUGGCGUUUAAUACUGUCAUUCCCAGUGCCCUCGACGUCUCAUACAGGUCGCCCUAUCGCUCCGUUCUUUCCUUAUGCAUCAGCAAGGGAAGCUGUACGAGUAGACACAACAGUACAAGAAGUGCAGGAAGUUCCCGGAAAUCAAUCAAUCACUAGUCUAUCGUUAGAGAAUGAGCUCGACUCGGAUGACGAUGCCGCAGUCAAUGUUCGUAUGUCUCCAGCUACACCAGUGCCUAAUACUCCUACUCCGGCCAUGUCGCCACCAAUCCUUGACCUUUCAUCUCCGUCCUUGGCCUCAAUUACUUUUUCACCUUUUCGAGGUCGAUCGGUUACCUUUGCAGAAGAAGCGCCUCCAUCAACAUUAGACUCACGAUAUCCUCCCCCACCUCCAGCGAAUGAUCCUCUGGGUCCCGCUGCUCAGCGUCCCUAUCUACCCGCAACCUCAGACGAUGGCAAGAUUGUCAUACAAUAUAGUUGUCGUUCUGGGGGACCAUACCUCUAUGAUCUUCUUGGUCUUUUACCCUUAGAUGAGUUUGGGGUACUAUCCUGGCUCGUUUUAGAUCGGGAGGCUGAAAUUUUUGAGAACGAAGAUAUAAGUGACGAAUGGAAAGUAAUGCAUGCGCUGUGGGGAAGAUGGAUUAUGAUGAACAGGAGACGGUUCAUUCAAGACUAUCUUGUUGGAACCAUAGAUUUUGUUGACCAGCACUGGAUGAUGAUUCACAAGGCAGCAGGAUGGAGUGCUCUAAGAUAUUGGCUCAUGGUGGGCAUGCUGAAAUAUUUCUUCAAUGAGUUGUGUACUGAUAGGGUCGGUAGAUGCUGAUGGCAAAUAGAUAUCUGCAAGCAAGUGGAGUAGCCCAGGUAUUGAAGCAUUACGAAGAGAAGACUGGUAUGAAAUACUGGUACAAAAAUCACCU